UUAACAAGUCAAAUUACCCAAUCGCCAUGGCCAAGUGUCUUUCUUCGCAUUUCGGCUGAAAUUCAAUAACUACCUCCGACGUAAAGAUGAUUUCAAGAAAAGUAGCUGUGAUCGGUGCAGGUCCUGCUGGCUUGGUUGCAUCGCGAGAACUGCGCAGAGAAGGUCAUGAGGUGGUAGUCUUUGAACGGAAUAAUCAAGUUGGUGGAACAUGGGUAUACAACUCAAAUGUCGAAUCUGAUCCAUUAGGAUUGGACCCUUCUCGAGCCAUCAUCCACAGCAGUCUCUAUGAUUCUCUAAGAGUCAAUCUUCCUAGAGAAGUCAUGGGUUUUAGUGAUUACCCUUUUGUUGCAAAAGUCAAGGAUGGGACGGAUCCAAGAAGAUUUCCUCAUCACAGUGAGGUCUUACAUUAUUUUGAAGAUUUUGCAAAUCAUUUUGGACUCAUUCAGUUGAUUCGUUUUGAAACUGAGGUAAUUUAUGUUGGAUUAUUGGAGGAGGAAGAAGAAUUGAGGGAAGGUUGGGUAGUCAAGUCUAGGAAGAAAGGUGAAGUUGGUAAUUCAUCUGUUGCCCGUGAUGUGUUUGAUGCUGUGGUUGUGUGUAGUGGGCAGUAUACACAACCAAAUAUUGCAGAAAUUCCAGAUAAUCGUGGAGUUACUUUCAUUAUUAUAUAUCUUGCGACCACUGUGUCCGUUCUAGGCAUUGAUGCAUGGCCAGGAAAGCAACUUCACAGCCACAGCUACCGUGUUCCCGAGCCCUUCAGUGGUCAAGUUGUGCUUGUAAUAGGAAACUCUGUUAGUGCUGAGGACAUAUCUAAGGAGAUUUCUGCAGUUGCAAAAGAAGUUCAUGUUGCAUCAAGAUCUACCACGGAUGUGUUACCUACCAAAAAAUUUGGUUAUGAUAACAUGUGGCUUCAUUCGAUGGUCAAGUGUGCACAUGAAGACGGAACUGUAGAUUUCCCAGACGGAAGCUUUGUUCCUGUUGAUGUUAUUGUACACUGCACGGGGUACAAGUACUAUUUCCCUUUUCUGGAGAUCAAUAAUAUUGUGACCGUGGAUGACCAUUGUGUAGGUCCUCUAUACAAGCACAUUUUCCCUCCGAUGUUGGCUCCAGGGCUUUCUUUUAUCGGGAUACCUUUUUGGACUCUAGCUUUCCCCUUAUUUGAAAUGGUAAGCAAGUGGGUGGCUGGUGUUUUAUCUGGACGAUGUAAACUCCCAUCUGAAGGGCUGAUGAUCGAGGAUGUUGACGCCUUCUAUUUGGAACUUGAAGCAGCAGCUGUCCCAAAACGUUACACUCAUCGGUUAGUAGAAAAGCAGUUUGACUACAGUGAUUGGCUUGCUGCUGAGAGUGGGUGUCAUCCGUGGGAGGAGUGGAGAAAGCAGAUGUUUAAGGAACUUGUGAACAGCCAUAUAGCACGACCAGAAACUUAUCGCGAUGAAUGGGAAGAUGAAUAUUUGAUAGUGCAAGCCCAAGAAGAUUUUUGCCAGUAUUCACCAGCGGAGAUCGGUGCACAUGGCAAAGAGUAGUUUCCUGUUGAAUAUGGUACAUAUGCCAACUGAACCAAUGUGGGUACAACAUAAUUGACAGGAUAACAAAUGAUCCAAGUACGCUACUAAGAAAUGAUGCAUAUUUCUUUUUCUGAAGAGCGAGGCUCUUUCCAAACUUUUUUAAACUUUAUUUUCUACUAAAAGAACACGUAAACAUAUGUAUCGAUCGUGGGAACUCUGAAAAUUCUUGAUGUAUGAAGAAUAAACAAAACAUAAAGUAUCGCUUCAACAUGACAUAAAUAAACAUUGAAAAAAGGUCGAGAAAGUAAAAA